AUGUCGCUUCGUACGCGAGUCUGCGCCACACCGCCGCUCUUUCGUGCGACGCUAGCUCCCGCGAUCGCGCGCAACGACACGCCGCGCUGCGCGCGCCCGCAGCGCGCCACGCCACGCUCCCAAAGAGCCGCAAACGCGCUCAGACGUGGCCGCCGCAGCGCACGACUCAGGCCGGUGCUCGCGGCCCGCGCGGGCGCUACGGGCUCGACGUCGCGUUGCACGAAAGACUGUUUCGAUCGUCGUGCACGGAACCCCCUAGCAGCCUCCACCUGCUCAAUUUCGACCUGCUGCUCCAGUAGCAGCAGCAGCAGCAGCGUUAUUGACACACACAAUAGGGCGAAAAGCUUGAAAAGUUCCGACAGCUUUCAGAACCCCACGGAUCCAGCAGCGACCCGCCAGCAACGCCAGAGCCUGCGACGCGACAGAAACCCAGUGCGCCAGCGCUUGUCACACACACAGACACACUCACCCAAGACUCGAAGCAGCGCCUUUCCCCUCGGCGUUACCAGCAUGGAUUUCGACGAAGACACCUACGACACCUACGAAGACGCCUCGGGCGAGCUGCCCUCGCCCGUGGCCAGCGAGCGGUCGAUGAUCUUCGAGCGCAACGUGGAAGAGCCACGGGCGCCCGGCGCGGCGGCCGCCCCGGCGGCCAGCACUACGAGUGCGGGCAGCGGGCACGACAGCGAGCGCGCGGCGCGCGACAGCGCCAGCGCCAGCGGGCGGCACGCGCUCGAGGACCUGGUCGCGCCCGCGCUCGACGCUUCGGCGUCGAUCGUCAACGACCAGGACACAGACCUCGACAACGUCGAGAUGAUAUACUCGGGGCGGCCCUCGACGCUGGGGCUCGAUCUCGCGCUGGGCCGCACGCGCACCAACUCGUUCCAGAACCUGCCCGCGCUGUCGCGCGCGGGCAGCACUGCGAGCGCGAUCAGCAUGAGCUCGGCCGCGUCGGCUGCGUCGGGCGCCUCGUGCGCGUCGUGCACGUCCAAUGCGUCCAACGCGACCGCUACGGAUCGGCCCCGCGUGCUGCGCUUCUACUCCUACGCGGACAUGCUAUCCGACGAAAACGCGCACUCGCGCCGCCCGUCCCUGACGCAGUCCACGUCGUCCUCGCUGCUCAGACAGUCCCCGCAGCCCUCCUUCUCCAACCCGUUCUCGCCCUCCAACAGGCGCAACUCCAACUCCUCGGGCCUCAGCCCGGGCCUCGCCGCGCCCACCCUGAGCUCCCGCCACUUGCCCAACCACCUCACCACCUGCUCGCGCUCCCCGACGCUGCGCGCGUCCACGCCCGUGGGCCAGCCCACGCCUACAGCCACGCAGCUCCCGGCCGCGGGCCCGCAAGCUCGCAAGGAGCGGAACAAGUUCCACCUGGAAAGCAGCGGCAGCGAUUGCUCCACCAGCGACGAGGAGUCCGACCAGGACAUGGCCACCUCGCCCAACUCUCCCACCCUAAUGCAAUCUGCCGCUAAUUCGCAGCCCCUCUACAACACUGUCACGGGGCCCCGUCUUACCAGGGCUUCUACGCAAAACAGCUUCAAGAAAGCGCGUCCGCCCUACCGCGUGAGGACCUACUCCAGCGCGAGCUCCAUGUCGCCGCUGUUCCACGCCAGCAGGGCCUCCUUCUCCAACCAGGGCGCUGCACAGAACCUCAAUGACGUCCUCUACGACGACAGUCUACAGACGAGCUCGGUGGGCGAUGUGCUACGGAAAAAGGUCAGCAACGCAGGGGACGUUUAA